AUGGGGAGGAAGAAGGUGGAGAUGAAGCGAAUCGAGAACAAGAGCAGCCGCCAAGUGACCUUCUCCAAGCGGCGGAGCGGUUUGAUCAAGAAGGCCCGCGAGAUCUCCGUCCUCUGCGACGUCCAAGUAGCUCUCGUCGUCUUCUCCGCCCCCGGCCGCCUCUACGAAUUCUGCGCCGGCGACAGCUUUACAAAGAUUCUAAAGCGGUAUUGGAGCAGAACUGCUGCCAAUGAUGCAGAGAGUAGCAGUGAUGGUUUAGCAGGAGUCUCUCCCACGGCACUAUUGCAAAUCAUUCAGAGGUAUGUUGUUGAGGAUCCAGCAGAUGAUGUACAACUGACUGUGAAUGACCUUGUACAGUUGGAAAAGCAAAUUGACUUGACACUAACACAAAUCAGAGUUAGAAAGAAGCAAUUGAUGUCAGAGCCUAUAAAGACCCUCCAGGAAAAGGAAAGCAAGCUAGAACAGGAAAACGAGCUCCUAAAGCAACGGAUUUCUGCAGCGGCAAGCGAUAACAACACUGGCUUCGAGGGCUCGGAGCAAGAUUUGGUACAGCCCGCGACUCUGCAGUUACUUCAAUAG